AUGGAUUUCAGGAUUGUGGGAGAGGGCGGCAAUGCGGUGCUGCAGACCAUUCACGCGAGUGAGGGGGGAAGGGCGAUUCGGUUGCUGCAGCAGCGCCAAAAGAUGCAGCAGCACCUGCAGGAGGCGAAGGAGAAGCUAGAAACCAAAGGCACAAAACGGAAGAAUAUCAAUUGGGGAGGCUCAGCGGCAGACAGAUUGGAAGAGCAGUUCAAGAAGGAGACCGUCGGUCUAGUCAGCGCUGAGGACUUUAAAGUGCGAAGGGCGAAGCUAGAGGAGCAGAUCAAAUACGAGGCGAAGGCGCUCUUUACACAGAAGUUUCAGGAGAAGCGCAAAUUCGAAUUUCGCCUGGCGAAGAGCAAGCUGUCCUUUUGCGACGAGCAAGUCGAAGAGGUUCUAGAACCCGCCGAUCCAGAAGAUGAGGGAGGCGACAGUGCAGCUGAAACGGGGGGGGAGGGCCUUGUUGCGGAGGAAGAGAGCAACGAACGCACGGAGGCUGCUGCGGAGACGCCGUCUUCGGAUGCGGCUUGUGCGUUGCGAGCGAACGUCAAAAAAAAUGAGGAAGCUGUGCAACACUCCCCCACGGAAGCACAUACUGCAGGCCUAUCAGGUAUUCGGAUGAUGUGUGGCUACGUGGGAUUUCAGGUGUAUUUUUGCAUGCACGGAUCUUGCCUUCAAAAAAAGGCCUGUGCUCCCUCCGUCCGUGCAGAUGCAGCCCGUCGUAGUGCGUCUUCUCCCUCUCCCGCUGAUCCUGCUGGAGGGACUGUCUUCAAAAUAAGAAAGCGAAUCGGCAAGGAUCCAAGCGUUGACACAAGUUACCUCCCCGACAAGGAGAGGGACGCCCAGCUGGCUGCAGAACGACAACAGUUGAUCGAAGAAUACAGACAAAAGGAAGAACGCGAAAAACGCAUGCCUCUGUGCGUGACAUAUUCCUAUUGGGACGGAACGGGGCACCGCCGUCGCAUUCAGGUGCUGCGCGGCUCGACAGUUGGGGAAUUUUUGGCAACGGCGAAGCGUGAGCUGGAGCGUGAAUUUGUUGAGUUGCGCUCUGUAGCUACGGAGAAUUUGAUGUACGUCAAGGAGGACCUCAUUCUGCCGCAUAACGUUACCUUCUUCGAGUUGAUCAAGAGCAAGGCUCGGGGAAAGUCAGGACCCCUUUUCCACUUUGACGCGCACGAUGACGUUCGCGUCUUUAAUGACGUUCGGACGGAGAAGGAAGACUCGCAUGCGGGAAAAAUUGUAGACAAGAAGUGGUUUGAGCGCAACAAGCACAUCUUUCCGGCCUCGCGAUGGGAAGUUUUCAAUCCAAACAAAACUUAUGACACCUACACCAUCAGAGGCGAUGAUAGAAUGUGGAAGGGUGUCGCUGAUCACAGCAACCUUGUUCCCUGGUAA